AUGCUGUCCGAGGAUAUCAGUUCACUUAAAGAAGAAAAUGCCAGACUUAUGGCUAAGAUUAUUGGGCUUGAGGCAAGGAAUGUCAAGCUUGAGGAUGAGAAUAUGAAGCUGAGGACCGAAUUCAAAAGUAGAAUCGAAGAGUUGGAGAAGAGUAGGUCAGAUAUUGCUGGCGAGAAUGCUAGACGUGAUGAUGCAAUUGCAGAGCUUAAGGCUGAAGUAUUGAAAUUAAGGGAUGACAAUGAAGAGAACAAACAAGCCCAAGAUAUCUCUCUCGAGGAAGUUAACAAUGUGCCUAACCUCUUUGUAGAUCAUCCUAGUAACGACAGUCCUUCACCUUGUGAAGAAGAUAGAAAGACUGAGGAAUUCUUAGACUCAGUGCAGAAGAAAAGUGUUAGUGAUGGGAUAAGGGAAAAAUUUAUUCAGAAAGUGUCUUCAGACCUGAUACAGAGUGAUACUGACCUAGCCAAGCAACAACUGGUUAUACUAUCUUCAACUUCAAGCCCAUACAGGCAGGCAGAUUCUUCGAGCUUUGCGCAUUUAUAUGAAAAACUUCGCGAUGCUGAGAAUUUUGCUGAUCGUGCGGUUCAAGAAGCUAUUAUAUAUUACUGUCAAUUUGGGAAAGCUCUUAUUCAGAGACGAGGUGAGAUAGCAUCUGAGAGACAAGUUGAUCCAGAAUCCAAUGCUGUCAGUAGAGUUUUAAAUAUGGAAGUUAGGGUUCAGCUUCCUGCAAAUACUUCUGAUGCACUUUUAUGGAAAAGAAUCGAGCAGGCCAAGAAACUCUGA